GGGUCUUAUCAUUCAUUUCUGUAUCGCUCCACUCUUUCAGGCCGCCCCUACAUGGAUUUCUCCAGGAUUUGUCAUCUCUAACAUGGACGCCCGGUCGGAAGGUUGCUCCUUUGCGCAGUGAGUCGGACAUGCGGAGUAUCGCUGAUCGAGUGUCCUCUUCUCUAUCAGUGACCAUGCCGUGAUCACGGAUCGCGGAAGAAAAAAAAACACGUCCAAAGCAGAAAUAAGUAGGAAUCUUACGGUGACAUGCAGUGCAUCACAGACAUCAUGAAGAUUUGCUCCCCUCUGACAACUCAUGACAGAUCCAAGCUUGUGAUGUUGCUGAUUUUACUGUGUGUGGGAUAUUCUCACGGGAUGCCACAUGUGUUACGAUUCGGUGGGAUAUUUGAAUCGAUCGAAAGUGGUCCAUCAGGUGCUGAAGAACUUGCCUUUAAGUUUGCUUUAAAUACUAUCAACAGGAACAGAACUUUACUGCCAAACACCACACUAACAUACGACAUCCAAAGGAUAAACAUCCAUGACAGUUUUGAGGCCUCCAGAAAAGCUUGUGACCAGCUCUCUCUGGGUGUGGCUGCCAUCUUUGGCCCCUCCCACAGCUCCUCGGCGAAUGCGGUACAGUCCAUCUGUAACGCUCUGGGGGUGCCGCACAUCCAGACCAAGUGGAAGCACCAGGUGUCCGACAACCGCGACUCAUUCUACGUCAGUCUGUAUCCGGACUUCUCCUCCCUCAGCAGAGCUAUUCUCAACCUGGUGCACUUCUUCAAAUGGAAAACGGUCACUGUGGUUUACGAUGACAGCACAGGUUUGAUUCGAUUACAGGAGCUCAUCAAAGCUCCAUCUCGUUACAACAUUCGGUUAAAAAUACGGCAGCUACCAGCAGACACAAAAGAUGCCAAGCCGCUUCUUAAAGAGAUGAAAAGAGGGAAAGAGUUUCACGUGAUCUUUGACUGUGGCCACGAGAUGGCUGCUGGAAUCCUUAAACAGGCUCUGGCCAUGGGAAUGAUGACUGAAUAUUACCACUACAUAUUUACCACCCUGGAUCUCUUUGCAUUGGAUGUGGAGCCAUAUCGCUACAGCGGUGUGAAUAUGACAGGAUUCCGUAUCCUGAACACAGAGAACAGUCAGGUGUCGUCAAUAAUUGAGAAGUGGUCCAUGGAGCGCCUGCAAGCACCUCCUAAACAUGACUCGGGCCUGCUGGAUGGUUUCAUGACAACAGAUGCUGCCCUAAUGUAUGACGCAGUGCAUGUUGUGGCAGUGGCCGUCCAGCAGUCUCCUCAAAUCACCGUCAGCUCACUCCAGUGCAACCGCCACAAGCCCUGGCGCUUCGGCAACCGCUUCAUGUCACUCAUUAAAGAGGCACACUGGGAUGGCUUGACCGGACGGAUAAAUUUCAACAGAACCAACGGCCUGAGGACAGAUUUCGAUCUGGAUGUCAUCAGCCUCAAGGAGGAUGGUCUGGAGAAGAUUGGAACAUGGGAUCCUUCGAGUGGUUUGAACAUAACUGAAAACCAGAAAGGAAAGACAGCAAAUGUGACGGACUCUCUCUCCAACAGAUCGCUGGUGGUGUCCACCAUACUGGAAGAGCCCUACGUAAUGUUCAAGAAGUCGGAUAAGCCGCUGUACGGCAACGAUCGUUUCGAGGGCUUCUGCAUCGAUCUGCUGCGAGAGCUCGGCGCCAUCCUGGGCUUCACCUACGAGCUGCGACUGGUGGAGGACGGGAAGUAUGGAGCGCAGGAGGAGAGCACAGGCCAGUGGAAUGGCAUGGUCCGAGAACUGAUGGACCACAAAGCUGAUCUUGCAGUGGCGCCCCUGGCCAUCACAUACGUGCGGGAGAAGGUCAUCGACUUCUCCAAACCCUUCAUGACUCUGGGGAUAAGUAUACUGUACCGCAAGCCCAACGGCACCAACCCUGGGGUGUUCUCCUUUCUCAACCCCCUCUCCCCUGACAUCUGGAUGUAUAUUCUGCUCGCUUACUUGGGUGUCAGUUGUGUGCUGUUUGUCAUAGCCAGGUUUAGCCCCUACGAAUGGUAUAACCCCCACCCAUGCAACCCUGACUCGGACGUGGUGGAAAACAAUUUCACCCUGCUAAAUAGUUUCUGGUUCGGAGUUGGAGCUCUCAUGCAGCAAGGAUCCGAGCUCAUGCCCAAAGCCCUCUCCACCAGGAUAGUAGGAGGCAUCUGGUGGUUUUUUACCCUAAUCAUCAUCUCCUCCUACACGGCCAACCUAGCCGCCUUCCUCACCGUGGAAAGAAUGGAGUCCCCAAUUGAUUCAGCUGAUGAUCUGGCCAAACAGACCAAGAUCGAGUAUGGGGUGGUGGAGGAUGGUUCCACAAUGACAUUCUUUAAGAAAACGAAGAUCUCCACGUAUGAUAAGAUGUGGGAGUUCAUGAGCAGUCGCAGGCAUUCGGUGAUGGUGAAGAGCAUCGAGGAGGGAAUUGAGCGGGUGCUAACCUCAGAUUACGCCUUCCUCAUGGAGUCCACCACCAUUGAAUUCGUCACCCAACGCAACUGCAAUCUCACACAGAUUGGAGGCCUCAUUGACUCCAAGGCCUACGGAGUUGGCACACCAAUGGGUUCUCCUUACCGAGAUAAGAUCACCAUCGCAAUCCUGCAGCUGCAGGAGGAGGGAAAGCUGCACAUGAUGAAGGAGAAGUGGUGGCGAGGGAAUGGCUGUCCCGAGGAGGAGAAUAAAGAAGCCAGUGCACUGGGCGUCCAGAACAUCGGCGGCAUUUUCAUUGUUCUGGCCGCUGGACUCGUUCUCUCUGUCUUUGUGGCAGUUGGGGAGUUUCUCUAUAAGUCCAAACAAAACGCACAGCUGGAAAAGAGGUCCUUCUGCAGUGCCAUGGUGGACGAGCUGCGGGUUUCCCUCAAGUGCCAACGACGACUCAAACACAAGCCGCAACUUCCCGUCAUGGUCAAAACAGAUGAAGUCAUCAACAUGCACACCUUCAACGACCGAAGAUUGCCAGGCAAAGAGACCAUGGCCUAAAAGGGACACCAGCUCUCCCUCUCUUUUGAUCCUGGAGAAGAAAAUGUCAUAGAGAGAAAUGUGGGUGGGGAGGAAGUCGGUUUUCUAUAUUGGGAUGGGAAGCUUGUCAUUUCAAACAAUUAGUUACUGAGAACAACAACAGAAAGUGAAACAUAUUUCCUGUGGAAAUAACUUGAAUCUUGGCAGAAAUUUAGUUACCUCAUCGCUCCACAACGCCACCAGAGCAAAGACUGACCCGUGCCAGCGUUCAGGGUAACUCUUAGCAGGAAAUACACACAGCUAGAGCAGUGAGAUCAAAAUUAUGGAAAGUGUCUGCUCAUCCAUGCUAGUUUUGGUUUGAUGACACUCUGUUGUCUGCAGAGAACAGCUGAGUCCAUUAGAGAGAAUGCAGAGACUCGCCCUGACAAAUACAGGGACGAAAGGACAGAUUUUUAAUACAUACUUGUGCUCAAUUGCUUUUAGGAGCAAAAUUAAACAGACAGUGCAGAACUACUCAGAAACAAUCAAUCUGCAGUCUUUAUUCAGCGGCAGAGCAAUAUCACUGAAAUCAUUUAACAUGUUUUUCACCCACACUCACAAGCAAUGGAAGCAGGAUGGGGUAACAGGCAAUAUAUUACUUUAAUUUGUUUGCAUUUUAAAGUACUAACACUUUCAGCGUGUAAGGCCAGGGAAUGUGUGUGUGUGUUUUUUUUUUUUUUUUUUAUUUAUUUUUUUUAAGUAAAAUAAAUAUACUGAAAGAGUGUGAUAGUUGCUCUUUUCAGUGCUGUAGUAGAGGCCCCUGCUGAAUGCCACAAUGACUGAUAGGAUGAAUCUCAUGAGAACAUUUCAUCCCAAAAUAAGAAACUAUUUUGUAUUCUGAAAAUUAAGCCUAGUUUUAGGACCAUUCAUAUCUUUUUUAUUUUUUAUUUAGUUUUAUUCCCAUUAUUCUCAAUCGAGAUUCACAAGUAUUAAGAUUCUGGAAUUUAAAUACUGCAUUACAAUAAUUUAAUUCCAAUUAAUGUAAUGCACUCGAUUUUACUGUAUUAUGGUAAACCGUUACUGUAAUACAAUAUUUUUGUUUAUUUAAAUCAGCAUACAUUAAAGGCAGUACGAUAAUUAGUAUAAAUGUGAUGUAUAAAUACUUUAUACAUAUAAAUAUAAAUAUCUUGCAAUUUAAAUAGGAUAUCUGUUCUAAAUUUACUAUGUGUAUACAUGGUUGACUUUUAUUAUGAUAUGCCACACUUUUAUUUUGUAUGCCGCGAGCAGACGGAAGUUCUGCCAUUCCGGUGUUUCACUUUUCUAUGUAUGCUUGUUCCAUUGUUGUAACUGCAUAUCCGGUUUGUAUUAUAAUUUAUAUAGGCUAUUUAUAAUCUAUAAAUAUUAUAAUCAUAAUGUACAUCACGAUGUAAUUAACACAAAUGUACAGGCUAUCAUUGCAAUGGUUUCAUCUCAAAUAAACAUAAUAAAGUACUCAUCAGAAUAUGUCAGAUAGCAUUAAACAUAACUAAUCACUAUGAGUGCUAUCAUGCCUGUAGCAAUGAAGGGGUUAAUGCAGAUUUAAAAAAUGCAUGUGAAUCACCACAUAUUCGCACAUUGUAUCAUCAUUCACAUUAUAAACUUCAAUAAUACAAACCAGAUGUGAAAUUACAACAAUUGAAAACGUAUGUUCAUGAACGCACAUUCACACCUUAUGAGAAGGGGGAGGAAACAAAACUGGGUGCAUGCCAUUCUGAAGGACUCAUCCCUAUGCCCUAAUCCCUUCCCAGAGUCAGAGCUUCGGAGGGUUGAAGGGUGUAUGGCUCAAAAAUAUCAUUCAUUCGGAACACACUUUAACGUCAUCUAUCUAAGUCAAAGAAGCCACUGUUACCGUCACACAAAGGCUGGCGCUAAUUUACCUAAUCAGAAAUACUGCAUAUACACAUGACACUAUUAACUAUUAACUACUUUUUAGAAUGCAAAAAAAAUUAAAUUAAAAAUAAAAUGCUUGAAAACCUUUAGGCUUUAUGAAGAAAUUUAAGCUUAAUCAAAUAUGUUUUAUUUAUUUGAAUAAAAAAAUGAACCAGUAAACAAAAUUAAAGUGUAUGUUCAAUUGUUAAAUAAUAUAUAUAUAUAUAUAUAUAUAUAUAUAUAUAUAUAUAUAUAUAUAUAUAUUUAACUCCUUCAUUAGAAUAACAGAUCAAGCGAAUUUACAAUAAAUUAUUUCAUACCUUAUGAAAAUCGAGAGUUCAUGGCAAACUUGUGACAAAUUGUCCAUUGUUGCCAAAGGUUGUACCACUACCGGCAAAGAGCUGCAAACUUCUGGCUAUCAUUUGCAGCAAAUCAAAAGCACAUUCGCAUAUGAAAAUAAUGAGUGGCAGAUUUUCUGCAAAUUUGCAGCUAGUUUCGAUUUUUUUGUAAGGGAUGCAAUAAUAAAAUACAAUUUCAAACAGAAAGCCAGGGGUUUGAAAAUUAUUUAGAAUGUUCAUUAUAUAAUUAACAUCUUUUUUAACCACGGAGAUGAAGGGAUGUCACAUGUUUUUGUUAAUAGAACCAAAGUGUAUUUGCAGUUGCAGCUGGUUUAAUUUACAUUACACUUAGCAUACUUAUAGAUAUAUAACAUGUGGUCUGGUUCCGGUCCGCUUGGUAGAGAAGUGCCCAUCAGUUGAACCCUACGGAAAUGCUCGUUUUGAAGGGCCUUUUGAAGCAGAUAUUUAUGAGCCCUUAGCUUUGGAAUGUGAUUGUUGUCCUUUUGAAAAUUCCCUUUGGAGGCUGAUUUAUGCCGUUUGGAAAGCAGGGUGAAAUUAAAACUGAAACGCUGCAAUGGUGGAACUGCUGUUGGCUCCUGCAUUACAAAAUAAAAGUGUGUUACUGUAUGUCAUAAUAAAAGUCAACCAUACACAUAGGGAAUUUAGAACAAUUAAUGUGUUUAAUUGUCAUGCUGAUAAUUUUACAAUGUAAAAAAAACAACAAAAAAAAAAAAAACAGUAGGAAUGGUCCUUAAAUAGGUUUCAUUUUCUUUGAGCAAAAUAUAAUUUCUCAUUUCAGGGUGAAUAAUGAAUGGGAUAUGUUCUUAAUAUGUUUCUUGAUAUUCAUCUGUUAAGCUCUUCAAAAUUUGGGUAAAAUAACUUAAAAGAACUCAAAAAAUAAAAACACUUUUGCUAUGUAUUUAUUCAAGCAUUUAUCAUUUGUUACAGAUACAACAACUAUGAACACACAUAGCUAUUCAGUAAUAUUAUACGUCUAUUUUUCAAUAUCCACGUUUCAUUUGAAUGACACGUUACAUGUUUGUACUUUUGUGGAUUUGAUUUCAGAAACAGAAUCCUCGUGGAAACUUGUGCAAAUGUAAGAUUUCUAUAAAACUAAGGUGUUUUGUACAAUUAAAGAAUAUCAACAUUUUAUAAUAGUUUUUAUCAACACAAAUCAAUCAUUGGCAUCUCUCUCUUGAUAUGGGACUGGGCCAUCCCGUGGUGUCUACACCAGAAUUUAAGGUGAUGAUGGCCUCUGGGCCCGAACAUAUCCAGGACCACGUUACCUGGCCUCCAUGAGGAAGAGUCCAUGCCAGGGUUCAUGAUAGAUACCCCAUCUGAACUGGGCAUACUGAGGCCCACAUGAAGGGGGAAGUGCUGAGCAUGCCCGGUAAUGUUGAUGUGACACACAUUUUGGAAAGAUCCUAUUUUUAUCAUGUAAAGGAACCAUAUUUAAAUAAAGAUAUUUUAACUUGAGAUAAAUAGAAACAAUAAAACUGAUUCAGAUGUGUGAUAUAUACAUAUAUAAAGAUACGAAGUGAAGAGAACUGCUAAUUUCACUUCUCAUUUGAUGCCCCGGUUUCUAAUAGACUGCUAGUACUCAGUGCUGAGAAGUUGUGUGUAAAUGGUUUAAAAUGGAUAAGCUGUAUUUCAAGAUUUUUUCAGAUACAAAGCAAUUUUGACCAUAUUGUGAAAAUAAACUCAAGUGCACACAGUUUACUGUCUGAAGUUGAUGCACAAGUUUAAAGGAAGUCAUUAAAAAAAGU